CCGCAUAAAUGUUUGCAAGAAGAAUGAAUGGCCCGGUUCCAAAGUCCCAAAGCUGCCAGCUCUGCAGUUGAGACUGAGGCCCCACGGGUGGGAGAGGCUCCCCGGGGGUUGUCACUGCCUGGCUGUGCCUCUAUGUCCCCAUCUGUGCAGUGGGAAUGGCAAGGAACUUGGGGUGCUGUCCGCAUGACCAACCCCCACCCCGCCAAACACAAAAGCACUUAAAACAGUAAGUGACGCCGGGCCCUGGCUGUGCUUUUAAAAAAGACCUUGUGGGGUAUUCUGAUGACUGCUUCUAAUUGGCCCAGAGGAGGGGGAGAGGUGGGUGGGCCGGGGCCGGGCGUCAGAGGCCCAGGAGGACAGGGUCCACCCCUUCUCCAGAAUGAGGAAGGAGGCUCAGCGCAGACCCAGACUGCAGACGCCGGGCCUUUCCUCCCCGCCCCGCCCUCCCCUGGGGCGCCCACCUCACCUCUCGCUCUACUGCCGUCAACCUGUCGGGCCGGGCCGGGCAGGUCUGGGGGUGGGCGGGGAGCCCUAAGCCGGCAUCUCUCCUUCUCCACCCCCGACCCGCCGCGCAGGCCUCGCCGAGCUGGGCCGCCGGGUGCCCAAGGCCGGGAAGCCGGGGGUCCCGGGGGGGCGACCCCCACGACGAGGGAGACUUGCCGCCGGCUGUCAGAAGCCCACCCCGGAGCGGCCGGCCGGGGUGCCUCCCGGGGGAGGAGGAGGGGGCGGGGGCGAUGCCGCCUGGUGCCCGCUGAGGCCCCACCAUGGCCCGCUCUCUGACCUGGCGCUGCUGCGCCUGGUGCCUGACCGAGGACGAGAAGUCGGCGGCCCGGAUCGACCAGGAAAUCAACAAGAUCCUCCUGGAGCAGAAGAAGCGGGACCGAGGGGAGCUGAAGCUGCUGCUGUUGGGCCCUGGCGAGAGCGGGAAGAGCACGUUCAUCAAGCAGAUGCGCAUUAUCCACGGGGCGGGCUACUCGGAGGAGGAGCGCAAGAGCUUCCGGAGCCUGGUCUACCAGAACAUCUUCGUGUCCAUGCAGAGCAUGAUUGAGGCUAUGGAACGGCUGCAGAUCCCCUUCAGCUGGCCCGAGAGCAAGCACCGGGCCAACCUGAUCAUGAGCCAGGACCCCUACAGGGUGACCACCUUCGAGAAGCACUACGCCGUGGCCAUGCAGUGGCUGUGGAGGGACUCCGGCAUCCGCGCCUGCUACGAGCGCCGGCGCGAUUUCCACCUGCUCGACUCGGCAGUGUACUACCUGUCAAAUCUGGACCGCAUCAUGGAGGAGGGCUACAUCCCUACCUCGCAGGACGUGCUCCGCAGCCGCAUGCCCACCACCGGCAUCAACGAGUACUGCUUCUCCGUGCAGAAAACCAACCUGCGGAUCGUGGACGUCGGGGGCCAAAAGUCAGAACGCAAGAAGUGGAUCCACUGCUUCGAGAAUGUGAUCGCCCUCAUCUACCUGGCCUCGCUGAGCGAAUACGACCAGUGUCUGGAGGAAAACAACCAAGAGAACCGAAUGAAGGAGAGCCUGGCCCUGUUUGGCACCAUCCUGGAACUGCCCUGGUUCAAAAGCACUUCCGUCAUCCUCUUCCUCAACAAAACUGACAUCCUGGAGGAGAAGAUCCCCACCUCCCACCUGGCUACCUACUUCCCCAGUUUCCAGGGCCCGAAGCAGGACACGGAGGCAGCCAAGAAAUUCAUCCUGGACAUGUACACCGGCAUGUACACCAGCUGUGUGGACGGCGCAGACGGGAGCAGGAAGGGCUCUCGCUCCCGCCGCCUCUUCAGCCACUACACGUGCGCUACGGACACACAGAACAUCCGCAAGGUCUUCAAGGACGUGCGGGACUCAGUCCUGGCCCGCUACCUGGACGACAUCAACCUGCUGUGACCUAGGCCCAACGCUCCGGACUCAGACCCGCGCGUGGCAGGCGGGACCUGCGGGCGGUGGGGGCGGGGUGGGCCAGCGCUCAGCGAACCCAGGUGCCCCUUGCUGCUCCAGCCCCAGGCCCAGGUGGCAGAAGGGCCACGAGUGAGCCGGGGUGGAAGGCCGAUCGGCGCCUCCUCCUUUCUCCGUCCCUCAGCGGGACAGCCUCUGUGUCUUCCUUUCCUCUACUCACUGUAUCUCCUUGGAGAGGGAGCACAAUGGCCUUUUAGGAGGCCGGGGUGCAGGAAAAGGUGAAGAGAGCAGGGGAUCCAGGACUUGGGUGGAUGGGGUUCUCUCAGGACCCUCACCUCCAGGUAUGUCCCCCCUUGGGCAGGGGUCUGGGACCCUUUUGGGGGUGAUGCACCAGCCCCGGGACAGGGAAGUGGUCCUUCAUGCCGAGGGACGCGGACUCUGGCGCCCCCUAGCGGAAAGGAGCCGCAUCCUAGCCUGAGGUCUGCGUAGCUCAGGGACUUGCGUUUUCCUACGAGAAAGACGCCCAGAAAACGCUGCCGUAUCAGAGCCUCGUGGUUCGAAGUGUGUCCUGCCCCAGUUUUCAGAUGAAGGAAACCGAGAUCUACAGGCAUCCCCCGCCCCCCUUCCUUACCAGGCUGGGGGCCGGGCGUGCUGCAUCUUACAACCUUCUGUAUUUAUUACCUCACCUUCUGCGGGGCCCCUUGAAGGGUGGACAUUAAAGAAAUGACAUUCUGGAGACCUUUGAUUUCUUAGGGGCGUCCUGGUUAACAACCAACCCCCUGCCCCGCGCGGUCCCAUCUCAGGUCGUCUGUCCCGGGCAGGGUAGCAAGGAAGGAAAAAGGGAAAAAAAACUUGUGCAGCCACUUGUGUAGGGCAUGGUACACAGAGCUGUGUGGGACUGUGUGCACUUUGAGCCAGGAAGUGGAGUUCAGCCUCUCUCCCUGGCCCCGGGGACAUUUGAGCUGACCUUCUGUUGCUACUCACCCAAAAUUCCAGCAGCAGCCACCGCCUAUCCCUGACGGAGAUGAUGAUGAUUCCACUUACUCCAGAUCCUGGUCUCCCACCAUCCUCAGGGCAGGCCCAUGAAGCACCAACCCCAUCACCCCCAUUUUACAGAUGGGGAAACCGAGGCACAGAGAAACUGAAUAAUUUGACUAAGGCUAAACACCUGGGUGGUGGCCAAGCCAAGAUUCUAGUAUUCAUUCAAGAGGUUUUUUGUUUUGUUUUACUUUUUAAAAAAUCAACUUUAAUUUUUAGAAUAGUCUUAGGUUUAUAGAAAAAUUGCGAAUACAGAGGGUUGCCUUAUGAAACCAUGAUUUCCUGUAUUAUUAAUAUAUUAAUAUGGUACUUUUUUUUUUCCAUUAAUGAACCAAUAUUGACCCAUUAUUAACUGAAGUCCAAAAACUUUCCUUUUUUCCCCUAAUGUCCUUUUUCUGUCCUGGGACCCCACCCAGGUUCCCACACGACAUUUCAUCAUCACGUCUCCUUAGGCUCUUCUGAGCUGUGAUGGUUUCUCAGACUUUCUUCGUUUUUGAUGACCUUAACAGUUUUGAGGAGUGCUGGCCAGCUUUUACUUUCCCAGGGCUGCUGUAACGAAGUACCACAGACAGAGGGGCUUAAAACCACGCAAAUGUAUUCUCUCACAGUUCUGGAGGCAAAGUCUGAGACUAAAGUGUCAGCAGGGCUGUGCUCCCUCCAGAGGCUCUAGGGGAAAGUCCUUCCUGCCUUUUCUAGCUUCUGGUGGCUCUGUGUAUCCCUGGCUUGUGGCUGCGUCCCUCCCGUCUCUGCUUGUGUCUUCACGUGGCCAUCUCCUCUUGUGCGUGCCUGCGUCCAAAUUUUCUUUUUACAGAGACACCAGUUACGCUGAAUUAGGCCCGCCCAAACGACCUCAUCCUAACUUGAUUCUAUCUGCAGUGAUCCUAUUUCCAAAGAAGGUCACGUUCCCAGAUACCUCUCAUAAAACGUAUUUUGUCAAACGUC